CAUAAGGUUAAAGAAUGAGUUACGUGUAUACACAUAUGCUUGUGGUGAGUCGUUCAGCUAGGCUGUCAGGGGAUAACCGUCAAGGACCCCGAGUACCGGAAGUGCCCUUCGGGAACCUUCUGUGCUGACCCUGGGAGUCAGGACGGUGACAGCCGAUGGGAUACACCUGAGACACCGAGCUGCACAGACGUCCCUGGACCCUGUCCUGUGCCGCUCCCUGUUACCGCCGAUACCCGACGGUCACAGGCUAUCAGGUAUCAUGGAGACAAACACAUCUUUCACGUCUAUGAAGAUUGCCGUGAUUAAAAUUAAAGAUUAAAGUUAUUUAGUGAAAAGUUAUUAAUUCGAGAAUUAUAAUGCAUCUGACAAUUUGAUAAACUGCUCGAUUUCUGGAACUGUUGGGAUAUCUUAUUGAUAACAAAAUGAAUGCAACAACAAAUAGCGACAGAAACCCUUCUUUAAUGAUUGCUGUAGCAAAUAGAAAUUUCAGCCAAGUUCAACAUUUAAUUGAGACCUGGCCAGAACAGCUUCAUAUGAAAGAUCAGAAAGGUGCGAAUGCGUUGUUACACUGUUGUGCUAGUGGAUCUAUUGAGAUAUUUAAAUAUCUUGUUCAGAACGGAUUGGAGACGGCAACAAAAUCAAAUCAAGGAGAAACAUGUCUGAUGAUUGCUGCAGGCAAAAAUAAUUUCAGCAUGGUACAACAUUUAGUGGAGACCUAUCCCGGACAGCUCGAUGAGAAAGAUCAGCAAGGUUUGAAUGCAGUGUUACACUGUUGUGAUAGUGGAUCUAUUGAGAUAUUUAAAUAUCUGGUUCAGAACGGAAUGGACACAGCAACGAAAUCAAAUCUAGGAAGAACAUGUCUGAUGAAUGCUGCGUACAAUAAUAAUUUCAGCAUGGUACAACACUUAGUGGAGACCUAUCCCAGUCAGCUUGAUGAGAAAAAUCAGAAAGGUGCGAAUGCGUUGUUACACUGUUGUGCUAGUGGAUCUAUUGAGAUAUUUCAAUAUCUCGUUCAGAACGGAUUGGACACGGCAACAAAAUCAAAUCAAGGAAUAACAUGUCUGAUGAAUGCUGCAGGCAAUAAUAAUUUCAGGAUGGUACAACAUUUAGUGGAGACCUAUCCCAGUCAGCUUGAUGAGAAAGAUCAGCAAGGUUUGAAUGCAUUGUUACACUGUUGUGAUAGUGGAUCUAUUGAGAUAUUUAAAUAUCUGGUUCAGAACGGAAUGGACACGGCAACAAAAUCAAAUCAAGGAGAAACAUGUCUGAUGAUUGCUGCAGGCAAAAAUAAUUUCAGCAUGGUACAACAUUUAGUGGAGACCUAUCCCGGACAGCUUGAUGAGAAAAAUCAGAAAGGUGCGAAUGCGUUGUUAUACUGUUGUGCUAAUGGAUCUAUUGAGAUAUUUCAAUAUCUUGUUCAGAACGGAUUGGACACGGCAACAAAAUCAAAUCAAGGAGUAACAUGUCUGAUGAUUGCUGCAGGCAAAAAUAAUUUCAGCAUGGUACAACAUUUAGUGGAGACCUAUCCCAGUCAGCUUGAUGAGAAAAAUCAGAAAGGUGCGAAUGCGUUGAUAUACUGUUGUGCUUAUGGAUCUAUUGAGAUAUUUAAAUAUCUUGUUCAGAACGGAUUGGACACAGCAACAAAAUCAAAUCAAGGAAUAACAUGUCUGAUGGAUGCUGCGUACAAAAAUAAUUUCAGCAUGGUACAACAUUUAGUGGAGACCUAUCCCGGACAGCUUGAUGAGAAAGAUCAGCAAGGUUUGAAUGCGUUGUUACACUGUUGUGCUAGUGGAUCUAUUGAGAUAUUUAAAUAUUUGGUUCAGAACGGAUUGGACACGGCAACAAAAUCAAAUCAAGGAGUAACAUGUCUGAUGAAUGCUGCAGGCAAAAAAAAUUUCAGCAUGGUACAACAUUUAGUGGAGACCUAUCCCAGUCAGCUUGAUGAGAAAAGUCAGAAUGGUUUGAAUGCAUUGUUACACUGUUGUGCUUAUGGAUCUAUUGAGAUAUUUAAAUAUCUGGUUCAGAACGGAAUGGACACGGCAACAAAAUCAAAUCAAGGAGUAACAUGUCUGAUGAUUGCUGCAGGCAAAAAUAAUUUCAGCAUGGUACAACAUUUAGUGGAGACCUAUCCCGGACAGCUUGAUGAGAAAAAUCAGAAAGGUGAGAAUGCGUUGUUAUACUGUUGUGUUAAUGGAUCUAUUGAGAUAUUUCAAUAUCUUGUUCAGAACGGAUUGGACACAGCAACAAAAUCAAAUCAAGGAGAAACAUGUCUGAUGGAUGCUGCGUACAAAAAUAAUUUCAGCAUGGUACAACAUUUAGUGGAGACCUAUCCCAGUCAGCUUGAUGAGAAAGAUCAGCAAGGUUUGAAUGCGUUGUUACACUGUUGUGCUAGUGGAUCUAUUGAGAUAUUUAAAUAUUUGGUUCAGAACGGAUUGGACACGGCAACAAAAUCAAAUCAAGGAGUAACAUGUCUGAUGAAUGCUGCAGGCAAAAAAAAUUUCAGCAUGGUACAACAUUUAGUGGAGACCUAUCCCAGUCAGCUUGAUGAGAAAAGUCAGAAUGGUUUGAAUGCAUUGUUACACUGUUGUGCUUAUGGAUCUAUUGAGAUAUUUAAAUAUCUGGUUCAGAACGGAAUGGACACGGCAACAAAAUCAAAUCAAGGAGUAACAUGUCUGAUGAUUGCUGCAGGCAAAAAUAAUUUCAGCAUGGUACAACAUUUAGUGGAGACCUAUCCCGGACAGCUUGAUGAGAAAAAUCAGAAAGGUGCGAAUGCGUUGUUAUACUGUUGUGUUAAUGGAUCUAUUGAGAUAUUUCAAUAUCUUGUUCAGAACGGAUUGGACACAGCAACAAAAUCAAAUCAAGGAGAAACAUGUCUGAUGGAUGCUGCGUACAAAAAUAAUUUCAGCAUGGUACAACAUUUAGUGGAGACCUAUCCCAGUCAGCUUGAUGAGAAAGAUCAGCAAGGUUUGAAUGCGUUGUUACACUGUUGUGCUAGUGGAUCUAUUGAGAUAUUUAAAUAUCUGGUUCAGAACGGAUUGGACACGGCAACAAAAUCAAAUCAAGGAGUAACAUGUCUGAUGAAUGCUGCAGGCAAAAAAAAUUUCAGCAUGGUACAACAUUUAGUGGAGACCUAUCCCGGACAGCUUGAUGAGAAAAAUCAGCAAGGUUUGAAUGCGUUGUUACACUGUUGUGCUAGUGGAUCUAUUGAGAUAUUUAAAUAUUUGGUUCAGAACGGAUUGGACACGGCAACAAAAUCAAAUCAAGGAGUAACAUGUCUGAUGAAUGCUGCAGGCAAAAAAAAUUUCAGCAUGGUACAACAUUUAGUGGAGACCUAUCCCAGUCAGCUUGAUGAGAAAAGUCAGAAUGGUUUGAAUGCAUUGUUACACUGUUGUGCUUAUGGAUCUAUUGAGAUAUUUAAAUAUCUGGUUCAGAACGGAAUGGACACGGCAACAAAAUCAAAUCAAGGAGUAACAUGUCUGAUGAUUGCUGCAGGCAAUAAUAAUUUCAGCAUGGUACAACAUUUAGUGGAGACCUAUCCCGGACAGCUCGAUGAGAAAGAUCAGCAAGGUUUGAAUGCAUUGUUACACUGUUGUGCUAGUGGAUCUAUUGAGAUAUUUAAAUAUCUGGUUCAGAACGGAAUGGACACGGCAACAAAAUCAAAUCAAGGAGUAACAUGUCUGAUGAUUGCUGCAGGCAAAAAUAAUUUCAGCAUGGUACAACAUUUAGUGGAGACCUAUCCCGGACAGCUUGAUGAGAAAAAUCAGAAAGGUGAGAAUGCGUUGUUAUACUGUUGUGUUAAUGGAUCUAUUGAGAUAUUUCAAUAUCUUGUUCAGAACGGAUUGGACACAGCAACAAAAUCAAAUCAAGGAGAAACAUGUCUGAUGGAUGCUGCAGGUCAUAAUAAUUUCAGCAUGGUACAACAUUUAGUGGAGACCUAUCCCAGUCAGCUUGAUGAGAAAGAUCUGAAAGGUUCGAAUGCGUUGUUACACUGUUGUGCUAAUGGAUCUAUUGAGAUAUUUCAAUAUUUAGUUCAGAACGGAUUGGACACGGCAACAAAAUUAAAUCAAGGAAUAACAUGUCUGAUGAUUGCUGCAUGCAAUAAUAAUUUCAGCAUGGUACAACAUUUAGUGGAGACCUAUCCCGGACAGCUCGAUGAGAAAGAUCAGCAAGGUUUGAAUGCAUUGUUACACUGUUGUGCUUAUGGAUCUAUUGAGAUAUUUAAAUAUCUGGGUCAGAACGGAAUGGACACGGCAACAAAAUCUAAUCAAGGAGUAACAUGUCUGAUGAUUGCUGCAGGCAAAAAUAAUUUCAGCAUGGUACAACAUUUAGUGGAGACCUAUCCCAGUCAGCUUGAUGAGAAGUAUCAGAAAGUUUGGGAUGCAUUGUUAUUCUGUUGUGCUAGUGGAUCUAUUGAGAUAUUUAAAUAUUUGGUUCAGAACGGAAUAGACACAGCAACGACGACACAUCAAGAGAGAAAUAUCCAACUCAACUGA